AGAGCAGCAUAUACGAUGGCUUGUUGCGACGCUACCUGGGCGUUAUAGUUGUGCUGUUCAAGGAGAUUUCUCCCGCUUCAUUCUAUCAACUAAUCGACCUAUAAGGGGAUGAGCCUGGGGCGGAUAGCAUCGACAUCCAUGAGGUUAUGAAGAAUCUUCAACCGCUCAUGGAUGUUCCAGACGACAAGCACGACCAUAGUUCAUUGCUUCGUCUUCUUCAUCCAUCCGUGGGGUCCUUUCUGAGGAGCCCCACAAGAUGCACCGACGAGAGAUUUCGAAUAGACUCAAAACAGGCUCACUACGAUGCUAUGGAAGGUUGCUUACGUUUGCUUCCAGACAUCCUUGAGCGAGGCCAGAAAGAGAAAGUAGGCUCAACCUCAGACCGAAGCGAUCUCAUGGUCGACACUGGAGACGCUUGCACUGUGUGGGAAUGGUCACCCGCAGCGCGCUACGCCUGCCGUUACUGGGUGAAGCAUCUUGAGCGCAGUCGAGUAGAAGCUCACCCUGGCGACUCCUUCUCUCUCUUCAUCGAGAAUCAUAUUCCCCGCUGGCUCAAAGCAUUGGUACAGGUGGAGUCGAUUGACGAAGCGUCCAAAGAUUUGCAAUAUUUGGCUUCCUUUAUCUCGAAAACCGGAGCAUAUGAACUCGGUACAUCCCUAAGGGAGCUAAGCCUUUCAUUGGCGGAACGAAAGGCUCAGGUUGAGCAAAACCCAUCAAUGAUCUACCAGCUUGUCAUGGAACACCUAGACAGAUGUAACUGAUGGCUAAGGCUUUCCCGCCUCAAGACAUUGAACGGUAUUUUAGGAGUGGUACUUGCACAGAAUUUACUCAUAGUUUGGUUGUGGAAUAGUAUUGGAGUUACCAGUCACCUCAGUCAUGAAUUGGAGAUCAAUCGAUUCCAAGUGAAUUGUAUCGCUGAGCCAAUAUACUGGCCAAGCUCGUUUGGCAUUCCAACAAGCCACGCUAAGCAUGCCUAGCCUGGCCCAGACCAUAAUGAAAAUUAACAAUUUUUCUC